GGAUCGUUUCGCUGGAAAAGUCCCAGUAUAAUUGGCUGCAUGACUCACCGACCUUACACUUACUAGCCCCUAACACUAGCAGUUGGACAGAUCCGCCGCACAGAGCAGACCUAAACAACCGCGUCACAAGAGAAGUGAGGAUGGACUAUAUGAAGGAGAAGGCAAGCCAGGCAAAGGACUUCUUAAAGGCGCCUUUCACAGGCGGGAACCAAGACAAUGGCGAUGCUGAGGGCAUGGACGUGGACCCCCCUUCUGACCAACAUGGGCACUUUGAUGGUCACGGAGGACAGCGUCACGACGAGUACUCAAGGUCGGGAGGAGGUAACCGACAAGAUCACUAUGCUAACCAGCGCGGAGCUGGAAGGCAGCAAAGUCAUCAAAACGGCAACUAUCGUCCCGGCUAUCAAUACCAGCGGCAACAGCCUGGCGGCCCCCCUGGCCAUCACGCCAACACGGCGUUUCACGAACAGAGCGGUGGGGCGUACUACAGCCAGUCCGCUUACAACCAACAACAGGAGCAGCUCCGUGAGAUGCAGAUUAGAGAACAGCGACACCGCUCCCUCCAGGCGAGUAAGCAGAUGGUGUACGAUGUCUACGCUACUACCAUCGGCAUGCUGGAGGAGUUCGAGGAUUUCGACGACCCUACCGGGCAGGAGCGCAGCCCAGAACAGGAGGAGAGAAAUCGCGGGAGGAAGUCUCGGGAGACUAUGGGCCAAGGACAAGAUAUGAUGGACCAGUGGCAGGGCGCAGGUCAUCACCCUCAAGAUCAUGGGCGCCACAAGACCAAAGGCACUGCCGGCAAGAGUACCACUCAAGAGAAGGAACAGCGCGUCAACGGAAAGGGAAAGAAGAAGCGAGAUCUUGGACGCUCCGACGUCAACAUUCCGGACCAGUCACAGAAGACAAAACGCGACGUGAAGGCGAUCGUCGAGGCGGAGCUGGUGUGCCUGCAGGCCCAGCUGCGCUUCUGUCCGCAGGAGAUCCGUCAGCAGACCCGCCAGGAACUGGUGGAGAAGACCCUGGGGUGGGUGGCCGCGAGAGAGGAGAGGGGCCUGAAGAAGGGACUGGCAGACGCGUACGCCUCCCAGGUAGUUGAGAUCCUAUUGACUGGGGAAACUAAGCUGCAGGUGCCGACUCAGAGGGAAGAAAGCACCGGCCCGACAGGUGAAGAGGCGGUGAUGGGCGGUGUCCGUGCCCUACAGAUGGGACAACACUACGGUGCCGAGCAGGACAAACAGUUCCAUGAGAACCCCAACAAGAAGGCACAGUGCCCCAAGAUCCGCAGCGGACCCGUGCCAGAGAUAAGCGGUGCAAAGCGACUUGUCGAGGUGAACCCAGGCCUGCGUGAACAUCUGGAGAGUCCCGACCUGCUUUAAAAACACUAAGCAGUAAAUUUCUGUAUGCUUUGCAAAUAUACUUGAGUUCAUCGGAAUGUUAUCUGAACAGUUAUCUGAAUCCAUCAUUUUUCAGUGCUAUUGUAUCGUAUAUACCACCCGUGAUGGCAACCAAGUAAAAUGUCAUCUAUAAUAUAUUUCAUUGUCAUUGGUAAAUCGCAUUUAACACGUCUCUGUCUAGUAAUGCAUUAAGUGUAUGAUUCUGCUUCAUAUAAUUAAACAAGACAAGAAGUGAAUCUUAAUUCAACAUUGUGUGAAGUGGACAAGCAGAUUAUCCUUAAUAGGUAGGCUUGCACAUGUAGACAAUAAGAUGUUUCUGUAGCCAUGGUGUUUAUUAUUAAUUAAGUAAUGAGCAGGGUAUAAGGUACUCGCAUGUUUCUGAAAUAUGAUUGUGGUACUCUCACUUCAUUAUGUGUGUCUUACUGUGAGGUUUGGAGAAAAUAAAUCAUAUCUUGUACUAGCAUCUCUUGUGCAGUUUUGAUUUUAUAAAAUUACUAGUAUACGACAGUCUCUAUAAACUCAACAACAACAAUAUUUCAAAUGCGGGGUAAUACAACUGAAUACGUAAAACUCAGCUAUACAGGCGAAUAUGGCACUUCAAAUGACACCAACUUCAAAAGCA